UAUUUGGGAAUGCUGUCCUAAUGACAAGGGCAACAUUAUAUUAAAAGACUUUGCUUAUGUGCUUGCAUGUAUCUCUAAUGGACUAUGGUUCAGGCUUUAUUGUUCUGCCAAAUGUUGCUUGCAGAGAAGCGGGGCAAUCCUCACAGAAAAUUUGGUAACGCAUUUAUAUACAUGCAGGACUGGUGGAGAGAGUUUCUUCAGGACAAUACUUACAAGGAGGUCAAUUACAGUGGCAAAAUGGUUUUGCUACUUGAUAUCCUGACAAUGUGCUCAUACAUGGGUGAUAAGGCACUGGUCUUUAGCCAGAGCUUAUUAACUUUGGACCUGAUUGAAUUUUAUCUUUCAAAAUUGCCUCGUCCAGCAAAGAAUGGAAAAUGUUGGAAGAAAAGGAAGGAUUGGUACAGGUGCAUAUGGAUACUUUUAACUUGCUUAACACUAUACGGAUAUAGAAAUCUGGACUGACCAAUAAUGAUCUUGUCAUCUGUCUUCAAUCCCUCACUGAGAUUUGAUCUACAUGCAUUAGCUAAUCACUAUGUUACAACUGAAAAAGA